UAAUAGUGCUGAGUUAGCAUCUCUUGUCUGAUGGGUUUCCUAGAGAGCUACCGUCGACUCCCUCGCUACCAGCGUGUGCUCCUGGGUCUAGUUGGUAUCGGUGUCGGCUGGUACGGCCCCACCAUCAUGAGCUACCUCCUUAGUGUUCAGCCUCAAGUCCAAUCUCCUCAUGACAAAAACAACAGAACCUGAACUCAGAACAGCAGUGAUAUACUAUAUCCUACCAUUAAUGUUAUAAUUAGAUUCAUACGCAAAGUGUAUCAAAUCAAGUGGUUUCGGUUGAUGAUGGGCCACAGGUUGUUGCUGAGUGCACUCGUGUCGUCACUGGGGUGGUUCCUGUUCUGGGUUGUCAUGGCUCCCGUUGAGAAGGACAUUGCUCACAUCUUCAACUGGUACUUCUUCAUGAAGCUGGAGUUGAGUAGAGUGUACGAUGUGUACAUGUUGUUGGGUGUUGUCCAUCACUGGAUGCCUCUGCUGGUACUCACCAUUGCUGGACUAGCCCGACUCUCCCCUUCCCUCAACACCACUGCACAGGUCACCUUCGCCAUAUCCACCCUCUACAACGUGCUGCUCCUCCUCUACAUGCUAGUGGCUGGGGGUAAGGUGGUGAGCCUCUUCUCUCUCACUCUACCCUUACGACUGACCCUCUCCCUUGGACCCUGGAUAUCAGCAUUACUGUCACCACAUCGACUCUUCAUACCCGUAACUGUCCUAAUGGGUGCCCAUUUCAUCUGCACCCCCAAGCCAGAGAAUGGUGUCCCCCGUGCUAGCUCUCGUUUCUGGAGGCGAUUAGUCACUACAAUGGGGCUACCCCUGCUUGUUAGUCUACUGGUCUGGUGUAUCAUGUACAAGGGAUGCCAAUCAUGCUCUUCAUUAGACAGGGACCUUCCCCCACGUCCGAGACUGAUUGCACACAGGGGGUGUGGUGAAGACAAUCCUGAGAACUCAUUGGUUGCUUUUGAACGAGCGAUUGAGAUACCAUUAAUGGUUGGCCUAGAGACGGACAUACAGAUCAGCCGUGAUGGUAUCCCCUUCCUCCUCCAUGACCCAGUACCUGCACGGACUACCAACAUACGAGACAAGUGUCCUACAGUGAACCCAUGGGUCAAUGCCUCCACUCUGGCCUACUCCACUGGAGACUGUCCACUCACACAGCUCAGUGUGGGGACCUGGGAACACAAGGAUGAUGACUAUUCAACAGAGACAGUGCCCACAGCUAGUGGGUACCUCAGUAUAGCCAAGCGCUCAGGGAUGGUGGUCAUAUUCGAUGUAAUGGAGCCGCCAGUUGGUCAUGCUCAUCAUGCAAACUACCUCAACAUCACGCUGGAUGCAAUCACCAACUCUGGCAUCGAUCAAAGCAAGGUAUGGUGGCUACCUAAACAGAACAGAGACUGGGUCAUAGCGCACCACCCACACAUAUCACAUAUCACUAAAACCAUUGAGACAGAGUUUGAAGACUUUGCAGCUGAGCACAUUGCACGUAUCAAUGACGACUGGACAACACCCAUAGAAACACUCCGAGCCUAUCAAGCUGCUAAUAUCAGCAUCAACAUGUACUUUGUGGACAGUCCUCUCAUGUACAGCUAUGCCUGGUGUGUGGGGGUGGAGUCAGUCACAACAGACCAUUGCAGAGAGUUAGCCCACCUCACUACCAACACACUGCAUCAGGUGUGUGCUGAUUGGAUGAGAGGGCUCCACCCCUCCCCAGUGUGGGUGUGGUCAGGGAUCUCAACACUCGUACUCCAGCUGGCAGUAGUAAUAUGUUGGGACAAGCUGUGUAAGAGAUGAACUGACUCUUGAACACAAUAGCAGCUUCCCUCUAUAACCAUAGCUGCUCUAUAACCGUAGCUGCUCUAACCAUAGCUGCUCUAACCAUAGCUGCUCUAACCAUAGCUGCUCUAACCAUAGCUGCUCUAACCAUAGCUGCUCUAACCAUAGCUGCUCUAACCAUAGCUGUGUGUGUUGUCUGUCCCUUUAUGCAUCUUAAUUAUUUAACAUAAUUAUGAUACAAUUAUUUGCAAUUCAAUAAUGUUAUAAAUGUCAACAAUCA